AAGGAAUAACAGAGAGCGUGGGUGCUUGGCAGACAUGGGGAAGAAAAUUGCAGAUAAGUGUAAGGGCUUGCCACUUGCAGCAAAAACACUCGGAGGUCUUUUACGUUUUAAAAGAUCUAGAGAACAAUGGCAAAGAAUCUUGGAUAGUCAUAUGUGGGAGCUUGAUGAGGCUGAAAGCGGUCUUUUUUCUCCCUUAUUACUAAGCUAUUAUGAUUUGCCAGCACCAUUAAGGCAAUGCUUCUCAUAUUGUGCCAUUUUCCCUAAAGAUCAUAAGAUAGAGAAGGAUUUGUUGAUCAAGUUAUGGAUGGCUCAAGGUUUUCUUGGAGAAGGAAAUGAGAUGCAGAUUGUUGGUGAAGAGUACUUUGAUAACUUAGCAAUGUGUUCUUUCUUUCAAGAGUUUGAGAUGGAUGAAAAUGAUGAUGGCAUAAUUAGAUGCAAAAUGCAAGAUAUCGUGCAUGAAUUUGCUCAGCUUUUGAGAAAAGGAGAAUGCUCUAUAGUAGCAAGCAAUGGCUUUGAAGAGCAAAGAGCUGAAUUGUAUCAUGAAAAUGCUCGUCAUGUAAGAGUAAUUCUUGAUAAUGAACAGGCUGUGAUUCCAAGCUCCCUUUAUAGUGCUAUAAAGCUUCGUAGCCUCAUAGUUGAUUCAUGUCCUCAUAGCGCAUCAAGUCUAAAUGCAUCUUUGCGGACAGUAUUUGAUCAUUCGACUAGUCUAAGGUUGCUAAACUUGAGCAACAAUAGAUUUCAGAGGCAAACUUCAAUAACAGAACUUCCUCGCCAAAUAGGGAAGCUGAUGCAUUUGAGAUAUCUCAGUUUGGAGGGAAAUACAGGAUUGGAAUAUUUGCCUGAGACACUGUGUAACUUAUGUAACUUACAAACUCUGAACAUCAGGUUGUGCUCAAUUCUUAAAGAGUUGCCGUUGGGAAUUGAAAGGCUAAUCAAUUUGAGGCAUCUUCAAAAUUCUGAAACAUAUGGAUGUGAAUCCAUGGGACGAAGACUGAAAAGGCUAACACUUCUACAGACAUUAGAAGAGUUUGUAGUGGUUAAUGGUAGGUCCAUGCCAUAUCAUCGGGCACCGAUUCUAGGUUUGGAUAGGAUUCCAGAAGAUUUGGAUAGGUCCAGCCUCGUUGAUUUGGGAAGCUUUGCUCAUCUUAGAGGGAAUCUCAAGAUAAUAGGACUAGGAGAUGUGAGAAGACGAACAGAUGCAGAGAAAGCUAAACUUUGGGAGAAGACUGAUCUCCGAAAUUUGACUCUCUCGUUUAUUUCCAUGUGCAAAGACAAAAGAUUUCCCAGACAAGCAUCUGCUCCUGAAUCGCCUGUUCUUGAAGCAUCUAUUCUUGAAGCCUUACAACCACCUCUGUAUCUGGAAUAUUUGAACAUAAAUCGCAUGAAUGGUCCUACCACAUUCCCCAGUUGGAUGUUGUCGUUGACGAUGUUGAGGAGGGUUACACUACAGGCUUGUUUUAAUUGGAAAACCUUGCCUCCCAUGUGGAAAUUGCCAGUCCUUGAACAUCUAGAGAUAUGGGAAAUGAAGAAUGUGAAAGAAGUAGGCCAAGAAUUCAUGGGAGCAGAGGGCGAAACAUCUUCAUCAUCAGAUAAUAACAAUAUCGCCUUCCCCAGCUUGAAACAUCUUAAAUUUCAAUUUAUGGAAGAGUGGCAAGAGUGGAAUUAUGGGAACCUACUCACUACUAUGCCACUUCUUUCUUCCUUGAGAAUCAAUAGUUGCCUCAAGUUAAAGUCGCUGCCCCGCCAACUUCUUCAGAAGACAACUCUGCAAGUAUUAGAUAUCUUCGAUUGCCCGAUCCUGAAGGAGCGUUGUUUGAGGAAUGGGACAGGGGGGGACUGGCCCUACAUCUCUCAUAUCCUCACCAUCACAAUUGAUGGUGAAAACAUACAAAGAGAUAGGAAUUGAUCAAGCUCUUCUUGGCUUCAAAGAUUUGGUAAGCUGUGGAGGCAUUUACCGGGAUGCUACCAAUCUUCCCAAAACCUGAUCUUUACAAAAUCUUGCAGCAUUAAAUCAGGUAGCCAAUCAACUUUGCAUUUGCUUUUCCUUUGUAAUCUUCAGGCAGCUAUUAUGCAUCUAUAUUUGUGUGUAAUAUGAGACAUCCUGCAUUCCAAAUAAUAUGUUUGCAUCAUAUUUGAA